AUGCUGGAGGCUGAAUCGUGUGAGGACAAUGUUAAAUGUGAAUCGGAACCUAAAAGAACCGAUGUUAACGAUGAGACACCAAUUCUUAGUGGAAAAUCAUCUCACCAAUGUGAUAUCUGUAAAAAGGAGUUCCCUCGAAAAAGCAACCUUAUAACUCACAAACGUAUUCAUACAGGAAAGAAACCAUACAGAUGUAAUAUCUGCGGUAAGUCUUUUUAUCAGAAAGAUAGUUUUAGUACACAUGUGUACACCCAUACAGGAGAGAAGCCUUUUCAUUGUGAUAUCUGCGGUAGAUCGUUCUCAAGGGCACAUAGUCUAGUUCUGCACAAAUACAUUCAUACAGGAGAGAAGCCACAUCAGUGUAACAUCUGUAAUAAAUCAUUCUCUUGGAAGAAUAGCUUAAUUUCACACAUAAGCUUAGCUGUUCACAAAUGCAGUCUUACAGUAGAGAAGCCAUUUCGCUGUGAUGUCUGUGGUAAAUCAUUCUCUAGGAAAAGAAGCUUAGCUGUUCACAAUUGCACUCCUACAAUAGAGGAACCAAUUCAACAGAAACGCGUUUGUACAGGAGAGCUGCUACAUUCCUGCGAUAUCUGUGGUAAAUCAUUUAAAAUAAGUAGUCGUUUAAAGAUUCAUAGACGUGUUCACACAGGAGAGAAGCCAUAUCGCUGUGAAAUCUGUGGCAAACCGUUUUCUCAUAGAUAUACCCUGACUAAUCACAAGCGAAUUCAUACGGGAGAAAGACCAUACCUGUGUGGUGUCUGUGGUAAAUCAUUCUCUCACAGUGGUCACUUAGUUCAUCACAAAAUUACUCAUUCAGAAAAGAAGUCACAUCACUGUGAUAUCUGUGUUAGUAAUGACUCGACGCAAGAGAAAGGCGUUCGCGCAGGAGAGAAGCCAUGUUCCUGUGAUGUCUGUGCUAAAUCAUUCUCGAGGAAAAGCAACUUAACUGCACAUAUGAACACCCAUGCGAAACAGAAAAAAAAAAUGUCUGCUAGCUUACCUAUUCGUACUCAGAUGAUUCGAUAUCGUUGUGAUAUCUGUGAUAAAUCAUUUAAAGUGAGCGGUUAUUUAAAGAGCCAUAGACCACGACGCAAACGAGUUCGUACAAGAAAGAAGUCAUAUUCCUGUGAUAUCUGUGGUAUGUCAUGCUUUUCGAACGGAAGCUUAAUUAUACAUAAUCGCGUUCAUACAGGAGAGAGGCCGUAUCAAUGUGAUGUCUGUGAUAAAUCAUUCGCUCAGUUAAGUAACUUAACUAGACACAAACACACUCAUAUCGAAGAGGAACCAUACAUCAGUGGUAAACCAUUCUCUGUAAGUAACGAACUGACCCAACAGAAACCAUAUCAUUGUGAUAUCUGUGGUAAAUUCUUUUCUCAAACGGUUUACCUAUUUAGACACAAACGCACUCACAAAGAGAAGAUAUAUCGCUGUGAUAUCUGUGGUAAAUCAUUCUCAUGCAAAACUAGACAUAAACGUGUGCAUAUCAGAAAUGAGCAGUAUCGCUGUGGUAUCAUCUCUGGUAAAUCUUCCUCUACGCACAGGCAUUUUCAAACGAGAAAGAAACCAUAUCGUUGCGAUAUUUGUGGUAAGUCUUUUGCUUAUAAUAGCUGUUUAACUACGCACAGGUACACUCACACAGGAGAGAAACCAUACCGGUGUGACGACUGCGGGAAAUUCUUCUCUGAUGGAAGUAACUUAACUAAACACAAACGUAUUCAUACAAAAGUGAAACCAUAUCGCUGUAUUAUCUGUGGUUGA